GCGCAAAAUGGUCAAUUCGAUUUUAUUAUUUCAACGAGUGGCGUCGUAAUUGAUUUAGGCAUGAAAAAAAAAUUGUUGCUAGAUGUAAUACGAUAAGGAAUUUAAAUCUAGCUCAUUUAAAUAUUACAUGGGCACAGUUGAAACUGGAUCCCAACACAGCAGAAUGUGUGGAUUCAACGAAUUCUUCAUUUGAAUUUGUACAAAUUUAACAAAUUACAAUAUACGCAAUCCGACGAUGUGAGGAACCCAUAUUGGCCGAUUUUGAAUCGGUCCACACUAAUUCUACUACUAUGGGCCCGAUGUGCUUGUGCCAGUGUAUUGGUGUGCUGUGUGUUGGGCCUCUAGCAACAUGUGUAUCUUCCGCGUGCGCACAGUCCCAGCGCGGUUAUAUGAAGGCAAGAAAUGGGCCCAAGAACAAGAAAACCGAACGAGAAAGGAAGAAGGAGAAAAAAAAACACACAGCAAACUCAGAUGUAAUACUAAAAGAGAGAAGAAAAAAACAGACUACAUAUUCCAUACAUGCAAUAAAGCAAUUGGCAGUGUGUAGAACGCGCAACUACCAUGACAACAGCAAAACAGUAGAAAACACGAGACGAACGAACUGAAACGAAACGAAACACAACAAUACAUACAAUGCGAAGCCGUGUGUCGAAUAUUUCGUUUCGAAAAUUGGCUGUCUCGCUUGCGCCAAUGCGAAUGGGCCAUUGCGCUGAAUUUUACUAUCAGUUUAUGUGACGUUUCAGACUGACGACAUGAUUAUCAUUAUUUUUCUUUCACCGAAAAAAAUAUAUACAUCGUGUGUAUUGCUGGUGCUGUUGAUUGUGUGAUGCCAGUACGAUCUAUUAAUCCCAUACGCGCUAAAACUUUAGUCCGGAGUAACUUCGAAGAGUCGAGUGUGCUGAAACUACAGUCUAGGAUGCCGAACAUUAAAGUAUUCUCCGGUUCAUCGCAUCCCGAUUUGGCCCAACGUAUUGUCGAUCGGCUUGGCAUCGAUUUGGGCAAGGUGGUCACGAAAAAAUUCAGCAAUUUGGAAACAUGCGUUGAAAUUGGCGAAUCAGUGCGUGGCGAAGAUGUGUAUAUUGUGCAGUCUGGUUCCGGUGAAAUAAAUGAUAACCUCAUGGAAUUAUUGAUUAUGAUAAAUGCAUGUAAAAUCGCAUCAGCCUCCCGUGUAACAGCUGUGAUUCCAUGUUUUCCGUAUGCCCGACAAGAUAAAAAGGAUAAGGGAGGCGAGGGCAAAGAAUCUGCAACUACCCAGAACAAUGCAAUGCCACGAAAGAAGUACGACGAAUGGAAAUUUAGGAGCCGUGCGCCUAUUUCAGCCAAGUUAGUUGCGAAUAUGCUGUCAGUUGCGGGUGCUGAUCACAUUAUCACAAUGGAUUUGCAUGCCUCACAGAUUCAGGGAUUCUUCGAUAUUCCGGUCGACAAUUUGUAUGCCGAACCGGCCGUUUUGAAGUGGAUCAAGGAAAAUAUCUCGGAAUGGCGUAAUUCAAUUAUCGUAUCACCAGAUGCUGGUGGUGCUAAGCGUGUCACAUCGAUCGCUGAUCGUUUGAAUGUUGAGUUCGCCUUGAUUCACAAGGAACGUAAGAAGGCCAACGAGGUGGCAUCGAUGGUAUUGGUGGGCGAUGUCAAAGAUCGCGUUGCCAUUUUGGUCGAUGAUAUGGCCGAUACGUGCGGUACCAUUUGUCAUGCAGCUGAAAAACUCAUGGAAGCUGGAGCCACACGUGUUUAUGCCAUUUUGACACAUGGCAUCUUCUCGGGACCAGCUAUUUCGAGAAUAAAUAACGCUUGCUUUGAAGCCGUCGUUGUUACAAACACAAUUCCACAGGAUGGCCAUAUGCGUGAUUGCCCGAAAAUUCAGUGCAUCGACGUGUCGAUGAUGUUUGCUGAAGCUGUGCGACGAACACACAACGGAGAAAGUGUUUCGUAUCUAUUCUCCAAUGUUCCAUAUUAAACAAGGACUCGAUCAUGAUUUUUUUUGCUAAACUAUAUUUUUUAAGAAGAAUACUUUUUUUUCCAAAUUGUUCAAAUAUUUUCGGAUUCGUAGAAUGAACACGUAAUCUAACUGAGAGUUUAGAAAAAAAAAUCAUGAGCAACAUACAAACAUUCAAUUUUUUUUUAAAUUUACACAUUGUUUGAUAAAUGAAUAAAUGAGAAGUAAAUAUGUAGAGAAACCAAUAAAACUGGGGAAAAUGUAUUCCAUAAAUUUGUAUGAGCCAUUGGAUUUAAUCAAAAAAUCGCUGACUAUAUGUAUAGAAAUGAGAGAAAAAAUGCAACUCAAUAAACAAAAAAACGCAACCAAUUUAUACAGAAUGAUAUGAUGUUAAAUGAAAGAAUUAAAAGAAAAGACAGUCCACAAUGCAAUUGUAAUAGAUGGCACAUAAAUUCAGUGUAUCUGCACACACUUUGCGCUCAUGCAACCUGUUGAUGAUAGAAAAUAAAAAGGAUUUAAAUCAAAAACAAA